AGAAGGGGCCGUCCCUGUUGUAGCAGAUCAGCGCGAGGAAGGCCCACAGUGAUCAUCUGAGUAUCUCCCAUUUAGACGAUAGUGCGACUGAAUAUUAAGAGGACAAGUCGACGGCUAUUUGUAAAUAGUUAUCGGCCAAGAUGGAUGUGUUUAUGAAGGGUUUGUCUAAAGCGAAGGAGGGGAUGGCUGUGGCCGCAGAGAAGACCAAGGAAGGAGUUGCGGUUGCAGCUGAGAAGACUAAAGAAGGAGUCAUGUUUGUAGGGAGCAAGGCCAAAGACAGUGUGGGCUCAGUGGCUGAGAAGACCACUGGAGCCGUCGGGAACAUGGUCGCUGCCACCGGCCUGGGGAGGAAGGACGAGUUCCCUGCUGACCUGAAUCCUGAGGAGUACGGGCAGGAGGCCAUGGAGGGCCAGGGCGAGGGGAUGCUGCAGCCAGAAGGGGAGACAUAUGAUGACUCCCAGCAGGGAAGCCAGGACUAUGAGCCAGAGGCGUAAAAGCACCAGUCCAAGCCACCAACAAACCAGCAGCACAAUAAUACUUCUAAUAAUAAAAAGGACAAAUGCUGAAACUAUUACAAUUAUACCCCUGUUGCAAAAAAACACAAAAACACAAGCAUUCCCAUUGAAAAAUGUUCUUCCUUCAAGACAAAUCUUUUAUUAUUAUAUAUUGUAAAUGUCAUGUUAUUAAUGUAAUGUGUUGGGUGUAGGUAUUUAUUGAGAUGUAGGAUGUGUCCUCUCGGUCUCAUUUCCUUGACUCCCUCCCAAUGAAAUGAGACCGGAGCCGGGGCUUGUGACUUUGUACUUGUGUGUAUCUGUAUUUAGAAACGUGCAAUAGAUGUUCAUCAUCUUCCAAUGAGACAUUGGGAGUGGAAAAUAUGAAAUAUGUCCGGUUGCAAGCAGAUAUGAAAAACAAUAAUAUGAGUGUCGACAAUGCCUGUUUGUGGGUUCUUUCCUUUUCUUUUUGCAUUUCUUUGGAAAUUUCUUUCAACUUUUUUGAAGUAAGAGUUUUUUACAUUGUAUCUUUAUAGUUGCUUGUGAAAUCAUUCCAGUAAAUCUGUUAGAAAUUGACAGAGUAUACAUGUUUGUGUGUGCGUGUGUUUGCGUGUACUGAAGAUUUUAACAAGUUAAAGUCAAUAUAUUAUGUCUUGAAAUCAUAAUGGUUGUCAUAUCAAUACGUGCUUUAAUCUGCAGGACUUGUCAAUAUAAAGGUUUAUGUGUUAAGCCAGACAUACAUUCCUCUGUAAAUAAAAAGUAAAAAAGAAA